UUACUCUUGGUAGGUAUGUGGAAAAUCAGUGUUACAAGUCAUGUGAAUGUGUUCGCUCUUCUUCAGCUGGUUCUCGUCGCCCUCGUUGCCGUGGCAGCCGCCGCCCCGCAGCAGCAGCCGCCCGUCGCCAUCCUCCUGGACGAGCGCGUCUCUCCUGAGAAUGGCGCUUACUCCUUCCAAUUCCAGGCAGAUAACGGCAUUGUGCAAAGCGAGACUGGAACACCAGGUUCUCAAGGCCAGACAAAUGUGCAAGGAGUUUUCAGUUUCCCCCUGGAAGACGGCAGCAUCGCCGAAGUCCGGUACCAAGCUGACGAGAACGGCUUCCAGGCCCAGUCCCCUCUGCUGCCCGUCGCCCCCGAGUUCCCUCACCCCAUCCCGCAGUUCGUCCUCGACCAGAUCGCCUUCGCCGAGGAGCAGGAUCGCCUCGAAGCUCAGCUUCAGUUUCAGUGAAGCUUUUGAUAUCACCCGAUCGCAGGAGGUUCUGAGCCUCUUAGCAUAGUAUUAUGUGAAUAACUGAUUACAAUAAAAAAGAUAAUUUC